CUUUCUUCCUCUCCUUCCUCCUCCUCUUCUUCCCUCCCCUCCCCGCCCCCCCAUCCUCCUCUCACUCCCUCCUCCUCUCCUACCUCCUCUUCUUCUUCCCUCCCCUCCCCGCCCCCCCGUCCUCUCUCCCCCCCUUCCUCUCCUCCAACCUGCCGGCCGCCCACGAUGUCGAAGACGCUGACAGAACUUACGGACGAGUUCCUCAACGGAUUCGAAGGCUGUGGGAUCAUGAAGGUCGUGGACAGCUUCCGGAGGGAGAAGUCCUUGAGCGAGAUGAUGUCCUUUCUCCUGAGUCUCCCCGAGGCCCACCGGCACCUCACGCCCGCAGAGUGCCUCCCGGAGCUCAAGAGGGACGUCGGAGCAGCCGAGUACUUCCGCGUCAUAGGGAAAAGCUUUUACCAAGAGAUGCUCAUUGACAAGGCUCUGGAGAUGUUCACCAAGAGCAUCAUACUGGCGCCCCAUCCUCCUGGGCGCCCCUACCCUGCUGCCGGCGAGAAGGAAUCGCCCAGAGGAAGCGAGACCCCGUUCUUGCCCUUUUCGAGAGAAGAGGAAGAAGACGAAGAGAAAUGCGCGUUGUCUCUGGGCUAUGCGAACCGGUCGGCGAUACUGCUGGAGUUGAAACAAUACUCUCUUUGCCUCAGGGACCUCGGCCUCGCCCUAAGGCUCGGCUACCCGAAGUGCCUGCGGUAUAAACUGGUAAGCAGGUGGGCCAAGUGCCUCAUUGCGCUCGACAGGGAACGUGAGGCCGUGCAACUUCUGAACGCAGCUCUCGAGGCGCUGGGCACUCUCCCCUACGACAAGCUGACCCUUGCCAGCGCCAAAGCGUCUCUCCUGAUGGUUCGCCAGACGUGCAAGAAGUUCGGUUCUUCGCAAAAGAGUUCUCCGUCCUUUUCUCUCGAUGCUCUCGCCACCGCCAAGGAAAAGGAAUUCAAGGUCCCCAGUCUGAAAAAUAUAAACCGGUCCGCACCAGCCUUGAGCAGCGCUGUCAAGGUGGCUUACUCGCGCGCGAAGGGACGGCAUCUGCUGGCGACCAGGGACAUUAAGCCAGGGGAGCUGCUGUGUUCGGAAAAGAGCUUCGCAACCUUACUAAUGCCAGAGUGUGGGGAAAAGUGCUCGCAUUGCCUGGCAGACCAUGACGGUGUCAUCAUACCUUGUCCGGGUUGCACGGAGGUCCUGUUCUGCAGCCUCAAGUGCCAACAAGAGGCGCUGUCCAGUUACCAUCGGGUCGAGUGUCCUAUCGGCGCCACCUUGGCCAGCCUCGGCCUCCCCUCACACGCGCUCCUGGCCCUCAGGGUCGUCGCCAAGGUGUCCUUCAAAAAGCUGAAGAGGGAGGAAGCCGAACUCCGUAAGGAAGUCGAGACACAGGCGGCGGCGACGCUGGGGUUCAACGACAAGAAAAAAUACGUGUCUUCGAGCUACCGGGCCGUCUAUCACCUGAACACCAACCAGGCGCUUCGGCCGGACCUCGAUCUCUUCCACGCCUGCGUCACGGCCUUCGUCCUCCUGAAACUCCUGCAGAAAAGCGGACGAUACUUCUGCUGCGAGAAGGGUCAGCCCUGCUCGCCCUCGCACGAAGAGCUGGUGCUCGUGGGAUCCGCUCUCUGCUCCCACGUGCUCAGGGCGACGUGCAACGGACUCCCCGUCAUUGAGUCCACGAGACACGUGUUUCUUAAAGGGAUGCACAUGAACACCGACAUCGGCCUUGGCUUAUUCCCGACGCUGAGCCUGGCAAACCACGCCUGUGACCCGACUGCCACUGUCUUUACGUGCCAAACAGGAAGCCUGAUGAUGUCUUUAAGUUUCAUUCCGAAAGGAGGUGAAGUGACCCGCUCUUAUGGGGUUUCCUAUUGGGAUAUGGAAAAGAAGAAACGGAGGGCGCUGUUGCAAGAAGGCUACCAAUUCCUGUGCAACUGCAAUGCGUGUGAAAACAACUGGCCAUUGUUCAAAGACCUUUCUAACAGUCUGACCUUAAUUUGCCUCAAAUGCUCCCAGCCGUUGUGUUUUCUGAGUGUCAAGUGCUUGAAAUGUAAGAUCGACUAUGGUGUACCUCUGACAAAGAGGGAAGCCAAGUUGUCCAAUCGGUAUUUCUUUAUGGAAAUCAUUACGAAGAUAGAAAUUAUGAAGCAACAAUUCAGUUGUUAUGCCAACCCGCCGGUGAAAUUUGACGAAACAGAAAAAGACAUCAUUUGCGAGAUGCUCCUAUUGUUGGAUAAAUACACUAAACUUCCCACGAAGUAUGUGGUCGCUGGUCGACGCACACUGAACAUUUGGCUGAAGUUCUGGGGACCCGCCAAACACUUCCAGUAGUCUUCUGCCGUGAACUUCCUUCCUUUUGUGUUGAUCUGUACUAGGGACAUCCGAAGCUGUAAGCGCCGUGGUAAAAGCCUGCUAAUGUCUAGACUUUGAGGCCUCAGGCUUCGGUCUUUCUGUAGCGUCGCCACGAGGGCAGCCGCAGGCUCACCUGAGUUGAUCUCUGCCAGUCAGCACAUCCACAGAUCAUGCAGGUCAAUCAGGCAUCCGAACAAGUAGAUUAACUUGAAACCCAUAAAGAUGGGGCGCAGGACGUCCACUGUUGCCACCAAGAAAGCGAAAGUGUAUACUCAACUGUAUACGUGUAAAUACAUUGCUUUUUGAAACACGGAACAGUGCUUCCUUCGGGGGGUGGGGGGGGGGGAGUGCAAUUGAGAUAGAAGAGAGGGAGAAGAGAGGAGCGAGAGAGAGAGAGAGAGAGAGAGAGAGAGAGAGAGAGAGAGAGAGAGAGAGAGAGAGAGAGAGAGAGAGAGAGAGAGAGAGAGAGAGAGAGAGAGAGAGAGAGAGAGAAUAUAUAAUAUACAAUAUUUGUAUUCAUAUUUUCCGUUUCAAAUUUUCUCUGAUUCAAAGGAAUUACCUUUACAUUGUCUUCAAAUGAAUUGUAUAUACAUUACCUGUAUGUACAUUUUCUAUGUUUCAGAUGAAUUACCUGUAUAUUGUCUCUAAUUUAAGUGAAUUGUAUGUACUUUAUUUGUAUGUACAUUUUCUCUGCUUCAAAUGAAUUGUAUGUAAUAGAUUUCAUUAAUAAUAUGGUGCAGGAUUAGGAUAUGAUGAUCUAUAGAGUAGUUCUGGGCAAAAUGAGACCGUAGUAGCCCCUUUCACGGUUUUAAGCCUCUCAUUGGCACUAGGAAUUCAGUUCAUUCAUAAAUGCUUGUAAAAAUGACUCUCGCUUGUUUUCUCGUUCUUUGUUGUGGUGAAGGUUCCUUGGAAGGUUGUUCACGAAGACGAAACGAAAGGGCUCUUUGUUUUCGCCAUUUUGAAAUUCUUCUUUUUGUGUUUCGUAACGCAGUGGCCCAUUUAACCAACGCCAUUGUUAUCAUCAUAUGUUUUCCUGUAAUUUUUAUAUCUUUAAAUGUAUUUUCUUUGAUAAAAUCUUGUUUGAUUUAA